UAGACUGGGGGCUGUCCAUAUCGUCACCACUGCCUUACCCGUUUCGUCACCACGUUCAUUCCCAUCAAUAUAUACACGAAAAUAACUGUUGCCGGGGAUAGAAAAUAAUAAAAAGUACUAAGACAAUUCAUUAAAGACGAGCAUAUAGCUGCCCGACUUUUUAAAGACACUAUGUUAAGAGAAACAAGAGGAAAAUUGUCCCUGGCGUCACAAGUUAGAGGACUGAGGACUCGCGCCACACCAGCAGUAUUGCGGACGAGUGUUCAACCUAGUGUGGUGGAGCAGGAGGUUGUUGAACACACCCCCGAGGCAGAGGAGGAGCUAACCAAAUAUGCGAUACAACGAGUGAACGACCAGAUCGGCGAAAACAAACACGGACGUCUGUUUGCCGUCAUUUACCUACAGGGCAAACAGCACCUGGUAACUGCUGAAGAUCUGGUGGUGGUACAGGGACCCUUCGCACCCACCAUAGGCGACACCUUCAGGUUGGAGAAGAUACUUGCGGUUGGUGGUAGAGACUUCACCCUACUUGGACGUCCUCUUCUACACAAGGACUUGGUCAAUGUGGAAGCGACUGUUGUGGAAAAGUCUCUCUCACAUUGCCGCAUUUUCUUCUACAAUAGAAGGCGGAAAAACUCGAGGAAAACAAAAUUCGAGCGCGAGACACACACACUGUUGAGAAUACACCGCGUGGAGCUGCUACACAAGGUCAACGAGGCGCCAGACAUAGAGGGCGUCGACGGAAGAAUAUUCUAAACAAUAGCCCAAAAUACGUGUACAUAAAACUAAUAAAAUUAUCCAAAGUU